AUGUUGUCUGCACUGAGACGUGCGCUGGGGCAGUCCUCUCGCUCCGCAUGUCGUAGCUUAACCACGGCCGCGAGCCCUGAGUCACUGUCAAUACCUUCGGUUGUCGCGCACGAUGUCGCGCUAACUCCAACCCAAAUUGCGGAGACGAGGCUCUCUAAUGUGACGCCAUUCAACCCGCCCGUCUACAUCACGCUGUCUUCCCUCUUGAAGCCAGAGGAAGAUAGCCAUUCGCCAGCAAACAACGUGGUCGAACUGGACCCCACGGUUUUCUCACAUCCAAUCCGACGCGAUAUUCUCCAUCUUUGCGUCGUCCAUCAUUUGGACUCCCUUCGACAAGGGUCCGCCUCCACGAAAACGCGAGGCGAUGUGCGCGGUUCCGGCCGCAAGAUUCGGCCACAGAAGGGCACCGGUAAUGCUCGUCUAGGUGACGGACAGAGUCCCAUGCUGCGGGGAGGAGGUGUUGCCUUUGGUCCCCAUCCAAGAGACUUCAGCACCAAGCUGAACCGCAAGGUCAUCCAGAUGGGCAUGCGGGUCGCCUUGAGUGCGAGGGUGAAGGAGAACUCUCUGGGUAUCGUGGAGAGUCUAGAGUGGUCAAGUGCCAAGACGAGAAACCUGGCGGAGAGGAUUCAGGAGCUCGGAUGGGAGAAGACGCUCUUCGUGUCAGGGCAUGAGGCAGUCCCCGACGGACUGAAGCGAGCGAGUAGCAACAUCUACAAGGUGGAGACGACUACCGCGAAGGAUCUCAAGGUCUACGAUGCGGUGAAGUGGCCACGAUUAGUCCUCGACUUGGCGGCGGUCGAAUGGUUUGAGCGAACGCUGGCGAAGCCCGUCGUGCCUCCGCGUUCUUACACAUUCUGAUUUAUCACAGCAUUCCUGUACUACGCUGGAUUCAUGGAGAAAUACCACGAAUCAUUGCCACG